AUGAACGUUCAUAACUCAAGAGAAAAAGAACUUGAUCGUCUUUUCACUUCUCUAUCACCGUGGGAUAUCCUAUAUCUUCGCAAAAAGAUUCAGGCAACCAUAAUCACGUUCGCGGGUUUCCAAGAUCUUCCACCAGAGCUUAUUUGUACGGUUCUCUUCUACCUCGAUUUCGACGAUUAUCAAUGUUGCAUAAGAGUGUGUCGAAAAUGGAGAGAGAGGUGGACACAAGGAACCGUCCUCACACAAGCGCUGCGCCAAUUCUUCCCAGGCCUUCAAUUAACCUAUCCGGAUAUGUCGCCCCAAGCCCUCUAUGCGCGUGAGGUGCAGAAACAUGUCAAAUGGCGACAACCUCACUGCAGUUACACCUGGGUUCCAUGGAACAUGGGUGCAAGCGACGUCUUCAUUGAUCCUCCCGAGUUCGCUCAGCCUGCGAGGAAAAGUACCAACGUCCCAUGGCACUUCCACUACAACAAAGACAAGUUGGUAUGGCAAUCUACCUCACGUACUUUCAUUGUCGACGAUCUACGAACGCGGCAAAGACUGCGAUUCCUCCCACCCGGAAGUGUCAUGUCAGGUACAGAGUUUCAAUCCGCGGCUAUCAGUGAAAAUCUUCUUGUUCUGCUUCAGGUGAACUCAAGGGGACGGACCAUAUAUAUCGUCCAUUUACAGACACGCGAAUGGAAGCAACUUACCCUACCAGCCGCCCUUAAACAAGCGUAUGUGGAGUCAAAGGUUGUGUACUUUGUGACCUCAACUGCACAGAUCAUGUAUUUUGCAUGGGGUGGCAUUCUAAAGGAACUUGAUCCGAGAAAGCUUGAGUACCCCAUUGGCGCCGGGACCAUGAUCGGUGGGGAGCCCAAGGUUCUACUGCAUCCUACAAAGGAAAAUGUGGUAUUUGUCGUUAGAGCGUUCUAUCAUGGCUGUGGAGGUGAGGUUGUUCACACUGCGGUGGUAAUUCGGGGACUGAUUUUCGCAGAUGAACGUCUAUGCAGCUUUAUUGUGACCAAGUUCGAAGACGGUAAGGCCACUUGGCAUACGACUGAAUCCAUAGCAAACCCACUGCAGAAUCCCAAGCCAGACUGUAAAGACUAUUCUUGGGCCGUGGUGUCGCUCAUCUGCCGAAAGUCUGACGAUCACGGUACCUUUUGUAUUGGGCUGUAUCGCAUCCAAAAAUCAGAGACAAGCAGACUCGAACUAUGCCCCUGCUGUGAGCCACGGACAAGAAAGGGAGACUGGGGUGCCGUCACAUUUAAUGUUCUGACGCAAACUUUUCAACAGCACGAGUACUUGUCGACACGCUUUGAUGUUUUAUGGGAUGCGGACACUAGGAAUCCUCUCGUGGACCGGAACCUGAUGAAGUUGGAGAACGUGCAUUUCUGGAACAAUGACCUCUUGUUGGCAGCAACCAAAACCUUUGAUGACCACAAAUCGGAGAUUUACCUGCAGACACUUCACCCUGUGGGAAGUCAUCAAGCACCGUCACCACAGUGGGCACCAGUGCGUGUCUCGUGUAUACUUCACUUAGGAGCGAACCAGGUGUUCCAGGAUGAUAACUUUGCGAUUCUACCCACUCUGGGUGGUUUGACUAUUUACAAGCCAUCAAAAACACCAUCAGAUGGCAUUAUAAUUGAUGACAGCUGGGAAUUCGCCCAAGCGACGCCUUCGCAACUGUUAUACUCCUUGGCCAGCAUGUCGGAAAUGCUAGAGCUGCAGCACAACGAAACGGGAUGUGGGCUGAGAACGCGGAAUGAGAGAAGUAGAGGACGGCCAGAUUCACCUCGGAUUGAUGCUUCCAUUGAUCAAUGGUCUCCCGACUCUACUGAUGCAGAAGACUGA